AUGUUCGGCGCAUUCCGCAUCACAAACCCUCUCUCGGGUGGCCUUCUUUGGAAGAUUCCCUGGCGGUUGUCCAAGUUCCAGAAACGCCGCCACCGACUUCGCCUGCGAGCUGUCGACAAUGUUGUAGCGACUGUCGAUGCAGCUCUCGCCAAGAAAGGACAGACCCUCGAAGCUCUUGAGCGAUGGAAGGCUGAGAUGCCCACCGAGGCCGAGAUGCUACCAAAGGACAAAUAUACCAUGUUCGAUCGCAAGGCCAAGCGUUACCGCAAGGGCAUUCACAAACUGCCCAAAUGGACAAGGGUAUCCCAGCGAAUCAACCCUCCUGGUUACUAG